GCACGGCCUUCAGGUCACAUCCAUCGAUACAGCUUCAUCAUGUUGAGGACUAUUCAGAGCAGGACUGCCACAUCAGCACUUCGUCUGCGUUGUGCAUCCACAUGGGCGCACGUCAAGAUGGGACCCCCAGACCCCAUUCUCGGCGUGUCUGAGGCAUUCAAGGCGGACACAAAUCCUAAAAAGAUCAACCUGGGUGUGGGUGCAUACCGUGAUGAUAAGGGUAAGCCUUACGUGCUGCCAUCUGUGCUCAAAGCCGAACGCAAGAUUAUGGAGCAGCAACUCGACAAGGAGUACGCCGGCAUUACUGGUGUUCCAGCCUUCACGAAGCACGCUGCUGUCCUCGCAUACGGUGCUGACUCAGCUGCCAUCAAGGAUGGUCGUGUAGCCAUCACACAGUCCAUUUCGGGUACGGGAGCAUUGCGAUUCGGUGGACAGUUCCUUGCACGUUGGUUCCCAAACAAGACCAUUUACUUGCCAACACCAUCAUGGGGCAACCACACGCCCAUUUUCAAGGACUCGGGUCUUGAAGUGAAGCAAUACCGUUACUACGACAAAGAAACCAUUUCACUCGAUAUCAAUGCUAUGCUCGAGGACAUCAAGAACAUGCCUGCAGGCUCGAUUGUCUUGCUCCACGCUUGUGCACACAACCCUACUGGUGUCGAUCCGACCAAGGAGCAGUGGCACCAGAUCUCUGACGUCGUCAAGGAGAAGGGUCACUUCCCCUUCUUCGACAUGGCCUACCAAGGUUUCGCCUCCGGCGAUACCGUGAAGGACGCCUACGCUCUGCGUUAUUUCGUGGAGCAAGGCCACCAGCUCUGUCUCGCGCAGUCCUUUGCCAAGAACAUGGGCUUGUACGGAGAGCGUAUUGGUGCAUUCAGCAUUCUCUGUGCUGAUGCUGAGGAGCAAAAGCGUGUGGAGUCGCAGCUCAAGAUCGUUGUGCGACCCAUGAUCUCCAACCCACCUAUUCAUGGUGCACGUAUUGUGUCUGAGGUGUUGGGUGACGCACAGCUCAACAAGCAGUGGUUGGGUGAGGUCAAGGGAAUGGCUGACCGUAUCAUUGAUAUGCGGCAGGCACUCAAGACCAAGCUCGAGGGACUCGGUACAGACAGGGACUGGUCGUCGAUCGUCAAGCAGAUUGGCAUGUUUUCCUUCACCGGAUUGACUAAGCCGCAGUGUGAGUACCUUGCCAAGCACCACUCGAUCUACAUGACGAUGGAUGGACGUAUUUCCAUGGCUGGUCUCAACACCAAAAACCUUGACCAUUUUGCACAAGGUGUUGCUGAUGCCGUCAAGCAGGUCAAGUAGACAUAGGGAUAAUAAAAGAAGUGUACCCUCAAGAUUGUUGUAAUUACUGCGGACCCUCU